GGAAUAUCUUAAGGUGUGGAAGGAGGUGGAGGAGUCUCCUGAUGUGGUGCAGCCUCGAGAUGUGCCACAGUCUUCGGAGGGUGUGCUGCAGUCGAUACUGGUUUCUGUCUCUAUUGACCCUGCGGUUCUGAAUGAAGAUUGGCAGGCAAAUCUUAAGAAGGUGAUGGGCGAUGAGGUCGAGCAUGUUCAGCCGGAUUCUGCGGUUGACUGGAGCUCUUCAGUAACUAACAAGAACAACAAAAACUCGGAAGUGGUUUCUGUUUCUGUUGAUCCAGGUGUUCUGAAAGAGGAGUUGCAUGAUGGGGAGUUGCAGGGUGAGG